AUGCCGCUUCGUGAAAAGAUCAAGAGCUUGUUGCACAGGCACGAUGACGAAUCAACACCUCCAAGCAGUCCCAAUCGCCAAUCUCGCUAUGAGAACACUUCGCAAGGUGUGAGCCCCCAGCAGGGUGGGAGAGCAAGUACAAGCGUGGAUUCGCCUUCGCAAGCGUCUCCUGCAAGAUCCCGAUCCAAGCUUCGAAGGUCGCUUGAUCGCAAAUCUGCCCCUGCUGCAGACGACUCAAUUGGUAGACGAAGUCUCGACAGAAAGAGUCUUGACAGUAAGCGCAAGAGUCUUGAUCAGCGUCAGAUUGAUGCUGGCGAGGCCCCAAGCGUACCUGCAGUUCCCAGCACUUACAAGGAUGAGGCAAUCGCCCGCCCUAGAGUCUCGCAGGAUGCCGAAACAAUGGCAGCCAAGGAGAAAGCUCGCAGAAGUUCCAAUGUGAUCAAUCUCAAUCACAACAACACUGCUUCUCAACCACUUUCAAGCAAAUCUGAUAGGUACUCAGAAGACGUUGCUGAUUGGAACAUCAUGAAUGCUGAGAAGCCAAGUCCUACCCACGCGCCAGCUCCGCUCAAUGUCAACAAAUCGGUUGCCGACAAAUCGCGACAGUCUUCAACAUCAUCUUACUCUACAGCUCCAAUGGCUGGAAUUGGCCAGACUGGAGUUUCGCGCAAGGCCGUUGGCUCUGAGACUGUGCAGGACGUCAACGGCAGAAGGGGCAGUGUCGCGAGCACCAAGCAGAGAUCGAGACUUAGCAUGGACAAGCCUCUGCCAGUGCCACCAAAGCAAACAGCUUUGAGCGAUGAUCCAGCUUUCGGACAGUUCCUUCCCAAGGAUCACAACUACAUUGUCAAGGACGCUCCGGCUGCUCCUCUACUUGAAGGCGUCGUAGACCUCAGAAACACAGUGGACACUGAUGUGACCGAGACUUGGGCUCCAGCUGUCACACACGAAACUGUCAGACCUCAGGUCCACCACAUUCGCGAAGAAGUUAUCACCCGUGAAAUCCACAACCACGACGUCUACCACCGCAUCCUGCCUAUCAUUGAUAUUGAAGUCCUUCCAGCGAGGCACUUCGUACCUACCGGAAAUGGCGACGAGCUGAUGGAAAUUUCUGAAGAUGAGAUUCCUGGUAGAUCCGGCUACAAUCAGCAGUGGUUCAUCGGCGAGAUGCUGUCCAAGCUUCCCAAAGAUUCGAACUUCUUUAGAGAGCCACUUCGUUUCACAGCCAGAGAGUUCCCUGGAACUGAAGGCGACUACAAGGAGUACGUGCGCAACGGCAUUCCUACAACAGAGACGACUUGGGUCCACCCUCCUGUACUCGAUGACAUGAUGUAUUUGGCUGGUCAAACUCAGCCGUUCCACUUUGGCUGCGAGAACCCCGCAGACAAUGGGCUCCGCAUGCGCGCGCCCAACGGUCCGGUGGUUGGAUCAUCGCGCUACCACAAAGUACAAAUGGAGCGCAGAGUAGGAGCAGUUGAGCCACCGACAGAGUCGUUGAAGAAUUUGUCAGUGGGCGAUCAUGCUCAGGGCACUUCUUCUAGCGGCGCGACGGGCUCAGAGGCUCUGACACCGCAUGCAAAGUGA